AUGGGGGCUGGGGCCAGCGCCGAGGAGAAGCACUCAAGGGAGCUGGAAAAGAAGCUAAAAGAAGAUGCCGAGAAGGAUGCUCGAACCGUGAAACUGCUGCUUCUGGGUGCCGGUGAGUCCGGGAAGAGCACCAUUGUCAAGCAGAUGAAGAUUAUCCACCAGGAUGGGUACUCUCUGGAAGAGUGCCUCGAGUUCAUUGCCAUCAUCUACGGCAACACACUGCAGUCCAUCCUCGCCAUCGUGCGUGCCAUGACCACGCUCAACAUCCAGUAUGGAGACUCUGCGCGCCAGGACGACGCCCGGAAGCUGAUGCACAUGGCAGACACCAUCGAGGAAGGCACGAUGCCCAAGGAGAUGUCAGACAUCAUCCAGCGGCUGUGGAAGGACUCGGGUAUCCAGGCCUGUUUCGAACGCGCCUCUGAGUACCAACUCAACGACUCGGCGGGCUACUACCUCUCCGACCUGGAGCGCCUGGUAACCCCGGGCUACGUGCCCACUGAGCAGGACGUGCUGCGCUCGCGUGUCAAGACCACGGGUAUCAUUGAGACACAGUUCUCCUUCAAGGACCUCCACUUCCGGAUGUUCGAUGUGGGUGGGCAGCGCUCUGAGCGCAAGAAGUGGAUCCAUUGCUUCGAGGGUGUAACCUGUAUCAUCUUCAUCGCGGCACUGAGCGCCUACGACAUGGUGCUGGUGGAGGACGACGAAGUGAACCGCAUGCACGAGAGCCUGCACCUGUUCAACAGCAUCUGCAACCACCGCUAUUUCGCUACCACGUCCAUUGUGCUCUUCCUCAACAAGAAAGACGUUUUCUCAGAGAAGAUAAAAAAGGCGCAUCUCAGCAUCUGCUUCCCUGAUUACGACGGGCCCAACACGUACGAGGACGCGGGCAACUACAUCAAGGUGCAGUUCCUGGAGCUCAACAUGCGACGCGACGUGAAGGAGAUCUAUUCCCACAUGACUUGCGCUACCGACACACAGAACGUCAAGUUUGUCUUCGAUGCUGUCACCGAUAUCAUCAUCAAGGAGAACCUCAAAGAUUGCGGACUCUUUUGA